AUGGACGACGAGAGGCUACCCGAGCAAUUCUUCUAUGGAGAUGUCGCGGCGGGUUCACGCCGACAAGAAGGUCAAGUCCGGAGCCAUAAGGGCGCUCUGCAAACCCCUGAGGCGCCUACAGAUCAAUCCGACAAACUAGGAAGACCUCGCCCGGGACCGACCUGCGUGGAGGAGAACAAUAAAGACAGGUUCAGCUGUCUUCGAAGACAACUGCAUCACCCCCGCCAAAGCCAGAUGCGAUACACGCAAUUCUCAAAUGCUGCUGCCGCCUCACAACGCCAACGCCCAACCAUCUCCAACGUGCCCUCGAUGCUAACGGAUAUUCCGGACGCCAAAUGGACUUGUUGCAAAUCUCCGGAACAACCGCAGCAUCCGGACUACAUCAGCUGCUGUUUCCUUGUGCAGCUCUGCCUGAUCCUCCACGCCGACAACUAA